UAAGUGAGCGCAAACCGGAAUUUGCUGUCAUCUGUCAACAAAGCUUAAUAUUCUGUUUAGAUGUGUUAGUUCAUUCGAAUUAACUCUGGAGGAGGCAGUUGCUUUGCUUGAACUAUAUUUAGUUAUUAUGGUAAUUUCAUUUUCAUGGGCAGUUUAUUUUCUUUUUGUUUCUAAACCUCUAAUGGGGAAAAAUUGAAUUGUUUAAAUGAAGAGAAGCACGUACGCGUACUACCUAGCUAGCUAGCUAUCUAACGUUACUGGCUUUCAGGAUCAGUGUGUGCAUGUCACAAGAAGUGAAAAGUGAAAUGCUAGAUACUUGAAAUCGAAUUUUGGACAACAAAAUGGACUUCUCCAAAUUUCUGGACGAUGAUUUCGACGUGAAGGACUGGGUAAAUGGGGCCUUCAAGAUGCAGAAAGAUGCGCCUGGGAAGGCGGAUGCUCACGCAGCGACGCUGGUCAUGAAACUGCAGCUGUUCAUCCAGGAAGUCAAUAAUGCAAUUGAAGAGAGCAGUAACCAGGCACUGCAGAACAUGCCCAGGGUGCUGCGGGAUGUGGAGGCCCUUAAACAGGAGGCAUCGUUCCUUAAGGAGCAGAUGGUCCUGGUCAAGGAAGACAUUAGGAAGUUUGAGCAGGACACUGUUCAGUCCAUGCAGGUCUUGGUGGAGCUUGAUCAGGUGAAGUCUCGAAUGCACUUGGCUGCCGAUGCACUACAGGAAGCGGACAAGUGGAGCACGCUCAGUGCAGACAUUGAGGAGACAUUUAAGACACAGGAUUUGGCUGUGAUCUCCUCUAAGCUCACCGCUAUGCAGAACAGCCUAGCAAUGCUGGUGGACACACCCGACUACUCUGAGAAAUGUGUCCAUCUGGAGGCGCUAAAGAACAGGCUGGAGGCCCUGGCAAGCCCACAGAUUGUAGCCACCUUCAACUCCAUGUCUACCGACCAAGCCAAGCUCUUUGUGAAAGUCUUCACAGAAAUAGACCGAAUGCCACAGCUCCUUGCCUACUACUACAAGUGUCAUAAGGGUCAGCUGGUGGGUGUGUGGCAGGACCUCUCUCAGAGUGAACUGACUCUGAACCAGCAGCUGUCCGAGUUCUACGACACCCUGCUCUCCUCCUGGCACUCACAGUUACAGUGGAGCAGCCAGGUGUUUAAGAACCCGUAUGAGGUGGUGACGGUCCUGCUGAUCCAAACCCUGGGAGCCAUGGUGCCCUCCAUCCCUGUGUGCCUGAGCUCGGCCCUGGAGCGCAGCCCCCAAGAGCAGCGAUUGGACACCCUGCUGGAGCUCCACCACACCGCUGCAACCUUUGGCAGGAGCCUGGAGCAAGCCAUGCUGCCACACCUGGGCGAGAACAACCUGCUGAAGGUGAAUGAGCUGGUCAAUGCCCUGUACGACCCCUACAAACCCUACCAGCUGCAGUACGGCCACCUGGAGGAGUCACACCUCCUCAUCCAGAUCAGUGCCAUGCCCCUGGAGCGGGGGGAGGUGAUUGACUGUGUGGAGGAGCUGAGUCACUCUGUGGGGAAGCUGUUUGGCCUGGCCAGUGCUGCUGUGGACCGCUGUGUCAAGCUGACCGAUGGCCUGGCCGUGUGUGGUCUCCUCAAGGCCCUAAAGGCCCUCUUCACUAAGUAUGUGUCGGACUUCUCCACUACACUGCAUUCAGUCAGAAAGAAGUGCAGACUGGAGGACACUCCCAGUGCUGCUGUGUUCCAAGAGGAUUGGACCGCCUUCCAGAACUCUGUCCGGAUCAUUGCCACCUGUGGGGAGUUGUUGAGACAGUGUGGAGCCUAUGAACAACAGCUGUCGAACAGGAUCCUAGCCACGGCAGGGAAGUACCUCUCCGAGUCCUACAGCCCACGGAGCUUGACAGGCAUCCAGGAGGCCAGCUCCACAGAGAGGAAGGCCAGUGGCAGGAACCCCUGGCAGGAGUACAACUACCUGCAGAGGGGCAACAUGGCCGAAUACAGCAGCCUGAUGGAGGUGCUCUACUCCCUCAAGGAAAAGGGCACCGGUAACUCCAGUCUUCUAGCUGAGCCCCGGCUGGCUCUAACCCGUCUCAACCAGCAGGCCAACCAGCUGGCCUUCGACUCCGUCUUCCUGCAGAUCAAACAUCAACUCUGUCUGGUCUCCAAAAUGGAGAGCCGAGACGCGGGAGGUUUUGGGGAGAGCUACGCUGAAGACUUGCCUACCUUCAGCUUGUCCCCACAGGAGUACAUCACCAAUAUCGGACAGUACAUCAUGUCUCUGCCUCUCCACUUGGAGCCCUUUGUGACGCAGGAGGACCCAGCGCUAGAGUUGGCCCUGCAUGCCGGCAAACUGCCCUUCCCUCCCGAGCAAGGCGAUGAUCUUCCAGAGCUGGACAACACGGCAGAUUACUGGCUGGGCUCCAUCGCCAGGGCAACCAUGCAGACGUACUGUGAUGCCAUCCUUCUCAUCCCAGAGUUGACAGCCCACUCCACAAAACAACUGGCCACCGACAUCGAAUACCUGAGCAACGUGAUGGAUGCUCUGGGCCUUCAGCCCUCCAGGACCCUGCAGCAGAUCUUGACCCUGCUGAGGGCCCAGCCGGAAGAGUUCAGACAGACGGCCAAGCUGCUGCCCCGCAGGCUGGUGUCCACCAUCGCAGCCUUGAGGGGGCUGGACCACUGACCGCUGUCACCAUCCAAACCGGUAACAGACUACGGACGGACACGCCGUUUUGCCAGUACACUCAUUUUUAUGAAUGUAUAAUGUCCCUUUUCUUGUAUGUCAAACCAAGGACUCAUUUGGUCCGCUAGAUCUUACUGUAUGUGUUUAGACCAAGAGAAUGGAGCCUGAACGGGAAUGAUUUCAAAUGACACCUUUUGAGUACAGAUUGGUGUGCACUUAUGAUGUAAUCAGAUGUUGAUCCUGCUCGGUUGUUGCUCACACUUUUUCUUUCUAAGAUAUAUGAACUACAGUCUGGUGUCUGGACCCCUGGGAUUGCAGGAAACAGAGCAGUCUCUGUUUAGGGAUGUUUCUGUCAUCAAACCGCUACAUCUGCAAAUCAAAUACAGAAACAGCUUUGGCAUCAUAUUGUUGGCUAUUCUGUUGUCUUCUUUUUCCCUAUUGUUUUCUAUAAUGGUUAUUUUUGUGUUAAUUCUUACAAAUCAUAUAUGUGGGAGAUUGGAGUCAAUGUUUUUCCUCAUUUGUAAUGUACUGUAAUCUGUCUUAUUUUAAUAAAUGUCUGGUCUCUGUCUUUA